UUGUGCACAGACGAUCUUGACAAUGUUUUUUAGUUUUGCCAUUCAACCGAGAAAUGUCACGCAAGAUGGCUUACAGACAGGAAUAAAAGAUGCAAGCAAGAGAGCAAUGCAAUACAUGCUGGUACUGUAAAAGCAACUCCUUCCACGUGCUGAGCUUCUGAUUGUGGAAAAAUGGGUAGAAAGGAUGUUUCUUCAGGAAGAAUGCCUCUUGAUCAAUACAGAAAACAAAUAGGAAAACAAGAUUACAAGAAAACCAAGCCAAUGUUAAAAGCAACAAGAUUAAAAGCAGAGGCCAAGAAAACCGCACCAGGCAUAAAGGAAGUCAGCCUUGUCCUUGCAGCUAUAUUUGUAUUUCUCUUGGCAUCUUAUGCUUUCUUUUAUCUGAAAUUCUCCGAAGAAGUUGACCUUGAUCUGGAGCAAGAUGAAAACUAGCAAAUGUCUUUUUCAAGUUUUCUUCUAGAAAAGCAUUACCUUGACCACUCAGAUCACGAACAAAGUAUCUCUUCAGGGAAGUGAAUAUAACUUGAACCAGCUCCUGCAGUUCCAAAACUAAUAAUACUCAUGAGAUUAUCCCAGCCAACCUUACAGAUUUUAAUGAGCUGCUUCUGCUAUUCAAACUGUCGUUUAUUGGCUGAUGUUGAACUUUUUUAAAGUUUGUUGCUCAAGAUGAAAAUAUUUUAUUCCAGAAGACAAUUUCCUGCAUUUAUUAGCAUUACAGUGAUGGUGGAAAGACUUUGAUUUCCUUGGAGUUGUUUCUGAACUAGAAUAAUUUGCUGUUUUCAAAGGAUGGCAACAAAUAGAAAUUCCAAAAAUAAUACACACAAAACGCAAACAUAAUAGAACACAAUUAAAUCCUAUGAUAUGUCCUACCCCUAUGAGCAUGCUUCACUUUUAAGUUACUUUGAUUACAGUGGGAAAGAUUGAAGCAUGUGCUCACUUCUCACAUUAAGACAAGUUUAAAAGUACUUCUCUGUGGCUGGAAGAUGCCCCAUAUUUGUUAAAGCAAGAACUCUAGACCAUGGACAGCUAUGUAAGGUGAAACGGGAAUACAAGCUGAUGAGUUGGGAACUGACUGCACAGUCCCAUCCCCACCAAAUCCCGUUGCACCCUAGAUGCAAUGUUGCAAAAUUACACUUGGUUCCUACCAAUUUCAAUGGAGAAGAAAUGUCUAUUGAAAUUGAUGAGAUUUUAGCAUGUUUACAUUGGACUGAAAUGAACUUGCUGAUAUGAAUUGAGAAAACAUGAAUACCAAGCCUGUGCCAAGACCUGUAGUUCAAAGGAGCCCACAGAAUGCUGAUUAGCAGUGGGACACUAAUAGAACAAUCCUUUGCAUGUCUGUUCAAAUGUAAAGCUUAUUUAGUUUGGUGGUACUUAAUCCCAUGUAGGUGUGUUUAGGAUUGCAGCUUAAGUUCAUAAUACUUCAACAACAGGAGAUAUCAAGUAAGUAGGCAUUAUUUAUGCAGCAUUUUUCUCAAUUUGCAAAGGCUGUCCUGUGUUAAGCAGGUUUCCAUUAGGAAAGUGAGAAAACUGGGAAUUUAAUGGGAGGAAAAUUAAAAUCAAAAACCAGAAAAGUUUUGAUGUCAGUCUAUAAGUGAUAUGUUUGGAUUUAUCUUGAAAUAGCAUAUUAAACUAUGCUUGGGUACAGCAGUCAAUGACAGAAGCCAGAACCAGAAAAGAGAGGUUUAAUCCAAUUCUUUGAAGAUUGGAGCUAAUGAAAACAGAAUGGGUUCUUCUCGUUUGUGCACCAAAAGAAUAAGAGCAAGUUCCAUCAACCACAAAUGCCUGCUUUGCUGUCUUCCAAUGGAUGUUUGAGUAAAAUAUGGCAACAUUCAACUUAUUCAAGACUGUUUGGAAUCAACUUUGAUCAAAAUCUUUGAAUCAAGGCCUCUUUGUUGUGAGAAGAAAGGAUCCCCAAAUAAAUAAACAUGCUUUAAUAAUUUGUAAUUUCAGCACAUCUAUACAGCAGAAAAUCACAGCAAACCUAUCUGUUCAGAAAGAGCUUUCCAUUUUAUUUUAUUUUUUAGUGCGAGUUUAUUUUCAGCGCCAUCCUGGCUCUUUUGUAUGUGUGUGUAUCAGCAAUCAUCUUUUUCAUUUAUUGCCAACUGUUCAAGGCACAUGUGUUCUGUCAGAAAUGGCACCUGGAUGACAGAAGCUCAAGCAUUCACAUAUGCCUCUGAAGCAAAGUUCCUUGCCUCUUGGGCUAUCUGAAAGAGUGUAAAUAGAAAGUUCAGUUGAUGUUGAUUUUAAUUAGUGCAUUGCUUCAUUAAUAUAAAGUUGAUAUUCUGUUUUAAUUAUACCAUUGCUGCUGCCUGCAGUAUCAAUGUAGAAAAUACAUGGUGGUUGUUGGGUUUUAAAAAGGAAGGAAGGAAGCAAAAAAGAAUGAAAGCAAGCAAGAAAGGAAAAGAUUGCCUUUGCAAUCAGGCAGUCAUUUUUUAUCUAUUCCAAUAUUAGUUGUCAUAUCUUUUUUAUAUAUUAGCUCAGCUGAAUUAGGAGUAUUCUGGCUCCUUCAUAUUUACUUGCAAAAUAAGGGGGAGUAUCCAGUCCUGGCAAUCUGCCAACACCAAUCAUGUUGCAUUAGAGUUAAUGUUUACUAGCACAACGUCCAGAAAUUCGGUCAAGCUAGGGUUUGUCUCCAGGUGCGUUCUGAAGCACUGCUUUCCUGUUACACUAACUAAUGGGCAUUCCCACUAGCACAAGGGCAGUUGGGUAACAUCCAUACUGUAGAAGGGUUUUUUUUUCCCAUUUCCAAACAAAAGCAACAGUAUUAACACUACAGUUAGGUGUGUUCUUUUGCAUGCACAUAAUUCAUUUUCUGUACAGAUCUGAUGGUGGAAAAGGUUAUGAGGAGCUGGCAUUGUUGCAUGUACCCAUUCAUUCCACUGGGCACACACACAAACCCCAGCAUUGAUCCACAUGUAACAGUUUGAAAGCCUGGAACUCAUUUGAGCAUUUUGUCCAUAAUGUUACUCAGAUCUAUCAAAGGACCAAUUGACUGGGGUUUUGUUGAGUUGUUGCUUUUUAAAAUGUGAGCUACUAUGCAUUCAGUUGAAAGACUUGACUCAUCAUUAAAACAUUCCACAUGCUGAAAUCCUAUAUCUACUCACCUGAGAGUGAGCCCCAGUGAAUUCACUGGCACUUACUUGUGACGUAGAUGUGUAUAGGCUUGCACUAAAAAAUUGAGGACACAAUGCAGACCAAUUCAGACAGUGAAAACUGGACAUUUUACGUGGGAAGCUUUACCUCACUUGGAGUGAGUGCUGUGAAUGUUUAUGACUGAUAAUGAUAUUUGGCAAUUUGGUGAUAUUAUAAAAAGAGACAAGUUUGGAAUUCUGUCUUCACUACCUUUGCAGUUAACUUGGAAUUUUGGAAGUGAAACUGGCAAAUGCAUAAACUGACAAAGGUCUUGUGUGUAAUGUUCAUUUGAAAAGAAUAUUGAACACAUUGAGGUCUGGCUCCUAACCAGCUUAACAAGCUGACAAUUUCUACCCCUUGAUCACACUGACACCCACUCUACACAACCCCUCCCCUUUGUAGAGGAAGAAUAGCAUGGCCCAGUGUCAGCAAGGUGUGCUGAGUUCACUAGUAUUUUUUUCCCUUCACCACAUUAGAAUGGCAUUGACCUGUUAAAUUGUGUGGACUGGCCCCAAGACAGAAGAAUAACAUUUUAAUCUAUCCCUUUUUAAAUGUCUAUCUUACCUCAGAACAUUGUGUUUUAUAGAAGGCAUAUGUAGAGACAAAUGUUACCAAGAAGGGGAAAGGAAUUUUCAAUGCAUCUAACUGAUAGUAACCUUUCCUCAUUUAUUUUUAUUUUUAUUUUUAUUUUUACUGAAAGCACAAAUAUGUGGGGAAACAGCCAAAACGUUAGGUACCAGUGUCUCUCAGCAGAUGUCUCAGCAUUAUUUUGUACUUGCUUGGAUGAAUAAACAUGCACAACUGUGAAAUGUUACAUUGUAGGAGCCUUUUUUAUUUUUAAAAAUGGGACAAUCUGUUUACCCUCCUAAUUGAGACAACAGUAUCAUUUGUUGCCAGUUUUGGAAGCCAUAACUAUGCACUGUAAUCACUGGGACCAAACAAAUACCUGGGAAAGACGAUCACCUACACAUGCAUUACCUUUUAGAAUUAAUGUAAUAAUGGCAUUACUUUUUUGUUAU